AUGUCUCGCGUCUUUCCAUCAGCUAUAUUCCUGGCCCCAAGGCAUCUUGGCUGUAUGGAUUUUGCCUAUCAAAGAAAUGUGGGCGACAUAGACUUCAAGUUCGUUAAGCAGUAUGGCAGAGUCUGGAGGAUGGAAAGUCCAAUGGGGAUGGAGGUCCUCGCCAUAGCGGAUCCUAAGGCAAGUCAUCGCAGGGCGCUUCAUCACUGCGUCCAUAAGGCAGAUAGCUUCUACAUCAAACGAGUGGAAACGGAUGAGGCCUUUCUUAAGAUGAUGGGUAAAGGACUUGUAUGGGCUUCCGGUACGCGUAUUACCUACACAUACACUCCUACAGCCUCACUUAACCACAUACAGCUGUCGCAAAAAUGGAAAGACGAACUUCAGUCCAGCCCCUAUAGCGACGGUAUGGUGUACCCAGUCAACAAAUGGUUCUCCCGAGUGACACUUGAUAUUCUUGGCGAAACCGCUUUCGAUUACAGUUUCGGCGCCAUCGAUAAUAAGGAAAAUGAAGUGAGCAGUGCGGUCGCCACCAUGUUCAAUGAUAGUCGCCUCCAUCCAUCGAAGUUAGAUUUGCUGUUCAAGAGGACGUGGUACAUGGUCCCUCAACCUGGCCUCCAGCUCAUGCGCUAUAUUCCAACGAAAGAGGACAAGCGCUUCCGCAGAUGUAGGAAAGUCAUCGACAGAGUGUCCCAGCAGCUAAUUGACGAGAAGCGUGAGGCUCUCUUGGCGGAGUCCAAGUCGAACCAGGAUAUCUUCAGCGUACUUGUCCGAGCAAACGAGCUAGUCGCCCAGAUGGCGACGCUUAUACUCGCUGGACACGCCACGACGGCGAGCACGCUGACCUGGAUGGUGUACGAGCUUGCGCGCAAUCAGGAUUAUCAGAACAAGAUGCGUGAGGAAAUUGUCGCAGCACGCAGCCGGCUGCACGAGUCAGCGGCCGAUGACGUGAUCCCCCUUGAGCAGCCGGUCCGGACGACGUCUGGCAAGUACGUCACAGAGAUACCCGUGGCGGCCGGACAGCAGAUCCUCUUCUCAAAGCGUGUGCUGAGCAUGACCGGCAGCCUUCCUGAGGUGUGGGGCAAAGACGCCGACGUGUGGAACCCGAUGCGCUUCGUUGACGGAGACCUCGAGAAGCAGUCUGGAAUCGGCCUCUAUGCUAACCUCCUCAUUCUUUUCUUCAGCAUUGCGGAGGCACUCGCUAUCAUCGUCGAGCUGGUGGAGCACUUCCGAUUCGAGCCCACGGAAGACACGGCGAAGGUUAUACGCUUGCCCUCUGGCCUCAUGUCUGCUCUCACCGUUGGCAAGGAGCACGAGGGUCCGCAGAUGCUAGUCAAAGUCUCCUCCGUCCUCUAG